CACUUGGGUUGCAUGCAAGUGCGUAACACAGAGCCACACACCUUGAAGCGUGAGCUAUGCUCAGUCUAUUUUGUUUUGUCAAAUGCGUCAACAGUAUCACGCCCUCCCCGCUUUCCCCAUCACCGUCAGUCCAAAUUGUAUGUUGGCGUCUUCGGCAAUUCUUAGGAGACAACAGUUCCUGAUAAGGUCCCUGGGAGGUUACAGCAAUCAAACCCACGUUGAGAGAAUGCAAGGGACAAAGGUUGUGGCUGGAACCAAUUUAGAAGCUGAUGCCGAGACUAUAUUAAGAACAAUUACUCCAAAACUUGACCCAAAUCGACACAAAGGCCAGGCAGGGAAGAUAGCUAUCAUUGGUGGGUGCCGUGAAUAUACAGGAGCUCCGUAUUUUGCAGCUAUAUCAGCAUUAAAAAUUGGUGCAGAUUUAUCCCAUGUUUUCUGUACAAAAGAUGCCGCUACAGUUAUAAAAAGCUAUAGUCCAGAGAUAAUUGUGCACCCUGUUUUAGAAGAAUCUUACAAUAUAAGGGAGGAACAGAAAAGAUCUAUCUGUGCUAAGGUUCUUGCUGAGGUUUCCAAGUGGAUCGAGAGAUUUGAUUGCCUUGUUGUGGGUCCAGGCCUUGGAAGAGACCCUUUUCUUCUGGACUGUGUUAGUGAGAUAAUGAAGCAUGCACGGCAAUCAAAAAUCCCUGUUGUUGUAGAUGGGGAUGGACUUUUUCUUGUCACUAAUAAUCUUGAUCUGGUCAGUGGAUACUGCUUAGCUGUCCUAACUCCAAAUGUGAAUGAGUAUAAGCGCCUUGUUCAGAAAGUUUUAAAUUGUGAAGUUAGUGAUGAAGGCGCUACUGAGGAACUACUAUCUUUGGCAAGCAGGAUUGGUGGCACGACCAUUCUAAGGAAGGGAAAGUCUGAUCUCAUCAGUGAUGGCAAGACAGUCAAUAUGGUGAGCACAUUUGGAUCCCCUCGGCGGUGUGGUGGCCAGGGUGAUAUCCUUUCUGGAAGUGUUGCCGUAUUUUCAUCUUGGGCAUGUCAACAAAUGCCAGCUGCCAAGGAAGAUUCAAGUGGCAGUACACCAAAUCCAAUGGUUCUGGGUUGCAUUGCUGCGUCGGCACUGUUGAGGAAAGCUGCAUCAGUUGCCUUUGAGAACCAGAAAAGAGGAACUCUUACCACAGAUAUCAUUGAGUGUUUAGGGAAGAGUUUGGAGGACAUAUGCCCUGCCAUCUGAUGAUGUUGAUGAACUGAUUCUGUCAUCCUGGUGUGGCACUAGUGAUGAAUUUCCAAGGGUAUUGAUCGCUGAGCUUGGAUUCUCUUUUGUAUCAAAGUUUUGUAUUCCAUGGUAUUUUAAUCUAUGUCUUUCUAUGUGAGAGAUC